CAGAACCCCAAACCAGUCCACUUUUGGAAAUUGAAUAGUUCUAUAACGCUUAAGCUAUCUUCUAAGUUAGCAGCUGCAUUCUCACCCAAAGGCGGACGCACAGGGUUUUAGAGGUGUUCCGCGGCACCCCUAAAUUUUGGUAAAACGAUUAUUCAACCCGCAGUGGUAAUUUACGUAUGGAAAAAAAUUAUAAUUGAUAGUGAGGGACACCUUGAAAUUUGAAAAUAAUAAUUAUUCUACUGUCAUUUUUUAAAUUUGUGUAUGAGAAUAUAAGUGAUAGGUUGGGUAAUUCAAACCUAGAGCACUAUUAUUAUUUAUAAACUUAAUUUUCAUUAAUUUACAACUCAUUUUUCUUCUAUUUUGAACACUGUAUCAUAUUAAAAUGUCAUUCACUAUCUCUAAUUAUUUUCAAAACCUAGUAAUUAAACUAAUUUCAACCUACCCUUAAUUUGUAUUGAUUUUAUGGUUGUACGACAAGUGUUGAAAGAGUCUUUCAGUUUUGGGUUACAUCAAGAACAAUUUUACAAAUCGAAUAUGCGAUAAGUUCGUGAAUGAUUGUUUAGUAGGGUAUAUAGAGGCAAUUUUUUUAACACGAUAGACACCAAGUGUAUUCUACAAUUAUUUCAGAGUAUGAAAACACAUAAUUGACUUUUUUAACAUGUACGAGUAAGGUAUUUUCUUAUUUACAAUUUUAUUUUUAUUAAUUAUUUUAUUUUAUUUUUAUUAAAUUUAUUUUUUUAAAAGAGGACAGCCAUAUGAAAAUUUCUUGGGUCCGCCUCGGUAAUCUCACCUAGUAUUACCCAACCGAAAAUCACCUCUAACUAGUUUGAAAUCACAGCAUGGGCUAUUCAUUCACUAAAUGUAUAUGCCUUUUCUAGGGUGAUUUCUAGUUUGAAUAAGAGUAGGGAUCUCCAGUUGAAGAACGUGCCUUAGCUCUCUGCUUUUUCCCUCCCAACCAACUCUCGUUGUCUGGGUCAAAUAUCAUCAUCCAUGAUAGCUCUCCCCUGAAGGAAUUCUGAUCCAUCUCCGGACGCCGCUCCGACUCCCGCAUCUCCUGACGCCUCUGCAAGUAUAGUCAUCUCGCCUCCAAGUACCUACUGUUCUCCUAGUUCUUAUCUACCUAGGUCGCUUCCAGCCAGAACAGCGACUUUGGAAAUUGACAGAUUUCCUGUCGUUUAAGAUGCCGCCAUCGCCAGCCAACCUCGCUCCUCUCCUUCUACUGAUCUUCUAUUGCGGAGUCAACCUCCUCUUCUCAUUCUAACUUUGCAAUUCUUUGGCGGUGCAGGUUUGGCAGAAUCAGGGUUUCGAAUUUGGGGAUUUUUUCCUAAUUCUUGAAUUUAGGUGAAAUUGAAGCUUGAUUACUAUUCAACUGGUGGUUCUUAUCCUCCUCAGCUAGUCGGCUCGACGAAAUUAGGCGUUCUCAACCUAAUCAGCCUUUCUUCAGAUCGAUUAGGCACGUCAUCGGAGGGUCGAUUGAAUUGUCUGUUGUUUCAGAGUUAUCCAGCUGUUGUUACUUCUCUAUGUCAUUGCUGUUAUAUUCUGCUUCGCCAUAUUGAGUAUAUCUCACUGUCGCCGUUGUACGACUUCGCCUUUUGGAGGCCUUUUCUAUUGAGAAUCCAUACAGCAACCGCAACACUCAGAGACCUGGUUGCCUUGUCCCUACUCUAUAUGGCCAUCCUGGCCUGAAAUUGUCGGGGUCUUGGUUCCCCUUUGACGGUUUCAUCUCUCCGUGCAGCUGUUAAUCGCUUCUUCCCAUUUCUGGUGUUCUUGAGUGAGACAAAGCGUGAUGAUGAUUUCGUUCGCUCCCAGUUGCGAACUCUAGGUUUUCAGAAUAAUAGAUUGCAUAGUUCAUCUGGUUGUGGGGGUGGGCUAGCAGUAGCCUAGACCUGGACCUCUUUUGUGUCUUGUACAAUGUUAUUAGAUUCGCUGCUUCUUCUCUUUGUUGAGUGUCAGCAUCCUGUUCUUGGGGUAUUUGCAAUUAUCUUUGUGCACUUGAGUUGUGAUGUUAGAACCCGAGAUGUUCAAUUCAAUAAAAUUUCAGAAUUAGCUUUAUCGUGUGCCUUGCCCCUUCUAGUUAUGGGUGACUUUAACUGCUUAUUAUCUAUUUCUGAAAAGUCUGGUGGGAGGCAGCCGACUCUGGCCGCCAUUGACCAACUGAACUCAUUCUUAAAUGUUGCAUCUCUCCAUGAUUUAGGGUUUGUUGGUUCUGCCUUUACUUGGUCGAAUUGUCAGUCGGCAUCUGAUCAUAUUUUAGCUCGCCUUGAUAGAUGUCUUGCUAAUACUGAGACUGUUUCGGCUUGGCCAGAUAUGCAGGUUAUCCAUCUCUCGGAUUUAGGAUCUGAUCAUCGGAUGCUAAUGGUUCAAUUCACCAGGUCUUCUCUUCGACGACCAGCAUGCUUUCGGUAUGACAUUAGAUGGAAUUCCAAUCCGGAAGUUCCGGAAAUUUUACUUACAGCUUGAAGAAAAGUGGUUUUUGGGACCACUCAGUUUCGCAUUCAAAUACAGCUCAAGGUUUUGAGGCAGGCUUUGGUGGGUUGGGCUCGGCAAGGUACCUCUAAUUUUACUCGUCGAAUUUGUGAACUCCAAUCGACCAUUGAGGUGGCUCGGGAAUCAACGCCGUUAGAUUGGGAUAUGACCAAAUGUUUAGAAUCGCAGCUGGCUGAUGCUUAUGCCCAGGAAGAAGUCUAUUGGCAGCAAAAGUCUCGUGUUUGGUGGCUCCAGAAGGGGCAUGCCAACACUCAUUACUUUCAUUUGGCAACCUUGAAACGUCGACGACACAACACCAUUCACCGUCUUUGUGACGAACAAGGAGUGAUUCACACAUCUGAGGAUGGUCAAGGCAACAGUUUCACUUGAUUAUUUUCACUGGUUGUUCUCUUCUAAUGGGAUGGAACCUCAAGGUUAUGUGGAUCACUUAAGACUUCCUCGAGUGAUCUCGGCAGCUAUGAAUGAGGCCUUGGUUUUUCCUGUUUCUCGGGAGGAAAUUAAGCGGGCUGUGUUUAGCAUUGGGGCAUCACAAGCCCCCGGUCCUGAUGGCUUUACGGAUGCAUUUUUCCAGAACUUUUGGGAUGUGGUUGGGACUAGUGUGUGUUCUGUUGUGUUAUCAUUUUGCAGAAUUGGUCAUCUUCUUCAUAGCAUAAACCAUACAUGGAUCACUCUAAUACCUAAGGUUCCUAACGCGAAAUCGAUGAAGCAGUUGCGUCCCAUUAGUUUGUGUCAAGUUAUCUACAAGAUAAUCGCGAAGAUAUUGGCUGGGCGUUUAAGUUCCAUAUUGUCGUCUGUGGUCAGUCCUUUUCAGAAUGAAUUUAUUAAGGGUCGCGUCAUCUCAGACAACAUCUUGAUUGGGCAAGAGGUUAUGUCGUUCUUAAAAACGAAAGUACAGGGCAGGGACAAGUGGAUGGCUUUGAAGUUGGACAUGGAAAAGGGGUACGACAGAGUGGAAUGGAAGUUUCUAUUUGCUGUUUUGGCAGGUUUGGGUUUCUUUGAUAAGUGGCUUUGCUGGAUCAAAGGAUGUGUCACUUCAGUUCACUACUCUGUCCUCAUGAACAGUGUUGAGUAUGGGUAUUUCCAGCCCCAUCGAGGGAUCCGACAAGGGGAUCCUCUCUCGCCUCUUCUUUUUGCUCUUUUUAUUGAGGCCUUUUCAGCCAAACUCUGUGUAGAGAUUGCCUCUUCGUCCCUCCAUGGACUCCGAAUUCACAGGUGUAAUAGCCAACUGGCUCGAUUCUGGUGGGCGGACCAAGAUAAGGUGAAAGGCAUUCAUUGGGUUUCCUGAACGAUGGUCUGUCAAAGCAAGUUUAAAAGGGGACUGGGGUUUAGAUAUUUUGACCGUUUCAAUGUGGCUUUGCUCGCGAAGCAGGCCUGGCGAAUCUUCCUCAACCCGCAUGUAUAAAGCUUGCUAUCAUCCUAAUCAUCACUUUCUCGAGGCGCCUACUGGUACGCGGCCACAUGGGCAUGGCAAGGCAUUCGUCAAGGCAGGGAUUUGUUGAAGCGUGGCAUCCAUUGGAGUAUUGGUUCUGGUGUAUCUGUUAAGAUUCUUGAAGAUCUUUGGCUUCCCACUUCUCCAACUUCUGCGCCAUUUCUCCUCUCUGGGGUCACUCUUCCCUUUUGCUUAGUUUCAAACCUAAUUUGUCCCAAUACUCGCUCUUGGAAGGUCAAUCUGCUACAUUCCUUUUUUUACUGUUGACUCGGUUAAACCAAUCUUAUCCAUCCCUUUGCCUUUGCACCCUGUAGAGGAUAAGCAAGUUUGGCAAUAUUCAACUUCAGGGAAAUAUACUGUUAAAACGGGUUAUCAUCUAUUGACUAACGAGCGAAAUCAGCGUAACCCCCUCCACUUAUUCCUUUUGACUGCAGGUUCUGGAAUGUGUUAUGGAAUAUCCCGAUUCCGACAAAGCUUAAACAUUUUUUUUUGGAGAUUAGUGCGUCGGUUCCUCCCCUUGCAGAGUUCUACUCACAAAGACAUUGGUUCUCAAUGAUACUUGCCGCAUUUGCUCUGCACCCCUGAAACCUUUGAAAAUGCUUUUCUGUAGUGUAGAGUAGCGGUUGGAUUGUGGCAAGCUGCGGGGCGGUUACACUUAUCCCGCCUGCUUAUAGAUGAUGCUUGGAAAUCCCUGUUGCUUUCUUUUAAUAUGUCUAAAGUUCAAAUUGCUAGUGUUGUGUUUCUUUGCUGGAGAUUCUGGAAAGGAACCAUCAAAUCUAAUGUUCCUGCCCCUCUAAUCCAACCGUCUGUUGGAAUAGGCUCUUCUUCAUCUUCAUCAGUCCAAGGUUGUCCUCCUCAUGGAGCUUUAGUUAGAUUUGAUGGUUCCUUGAAUCGUAACUUGGGAGGUGGUAUCGGGUUUGUGGGUUUUGAUUCAUCAGAUAAUGUUAUUUUUUUCUUGUGGGAAGUUUUAUGAUGGUAUUCAAGAUCCAUUUCUUAUGGAGCUUCUAUGCUUACGUGAUGCAUUGCAGUGGUGUUUGACUUAUGGAAUUCUAUCUGUUCAUUUUGUUGGUGAUUCACAGUUGGUGGUUCGACGAGUUUUGGCGGGCGAUGUUGCUCAUUUCUUAGGUGGUGCCAUUCUACAAGAAGUUCGCAGUCUCUCCUUCAUAUUCAAUAGCUUUUCUUGCUCUUACGCGCCUCGACGAUGUAAUAGGGUUGCUCAUCUUGUUGCACAGAAGACCCUCUCAUCAGUAGUUAGACUAAUGGUCGACUAUCGGGUUUGGCUAUGUUCUGUUUUGUGACUCUUUGGCUUGAAAUCUAUUGGAUGACUAUAUUCAUGAUUCUUAGAGUGCCUUUUAGGACCUGUUUGGUUUGUUUGUCUUGCAGGAGGAUCUCAUCUUCGGAUUUCGAGUUUUGUUGUCAUGCAGGGGCUUGCUUUUUUUAAUAAGGCUGCCUUGCCUCCUUAGACUUUGUUUGUUCCUCCUGGGUUUUUGUGCAGGGAUCUCCCCUCUAAUUUGUUUGAAACUUAGUUAGCCCUUGGAGGCUAGAUGUAUUUCUUUCUUCUGUUGUUUGUUAACAUUGCAGGGAUGUUAUGCUUUUGG